CUAUGCGCCGGUGCCAAGGGAUGGGAGAAUUAUGCCGUAACCGCGAGUGUAUACCACGCCUACCAUGAAAUGCGCGCCAAUGGUAUACCCGAUGAGCGCAUAAUAGUCAUGCAUUACGACGACAUCACACACAACCCCCUGAACCCCACCCCCGGUAUUGUCACUAAUGUGUUGAACGGCACUGAUGUCUAUCGUGGAGUUCCUAAACAUUAUACCGGCGCUGAUGUUAACCCUAAGAACUUUUUGGGUAUAUUAAAAGGUGAUCGUGGGUUAGCUAAACAGGGUAAAAGAGUUGUGAAUAGCGGUCCAAACGAUCAUAUAUUUGUUUAUGUACUGGCUCAUGGUGAUCCUGGCUAUACCGAGUUCCUGGAUGAUAAAUUAAUGGCUACUGAUCUAAAUAACGCACUCAUAGAUAUGCAUAGAAACAAUAGAUACGCUAAACUAGUAUUUUAUUUGGAAUCGUGCGAAUCAGUAUUAGUGGCCGUAUUAUUGGCCGCUGAUGCCCUACCAAAUGUUAAGCCUGGUGAGUUUAAAGGCAAAAUAUGGGUGGUGCUAUGCGCUGGUGGUACUGGCUGGAAUAACUACUCAAUUCAUGCCAAUGUAUACCACGCCUACCAAAUGGUUAGGGCUAACGGUAUACCGGAUGAGAAUAUAAUCAUAAUGCACUAUGAUGAUAUUGCCAAUAAUAAAUUGAACCCGAACCCUGGUGUUGUAAUUAAUGAGCCUGAUGGCCCAAACCUAUACCACGACAUUCCCAAACAUUAUACCGGCGAUGAUGUCAACCCUAAUAACUUUUUGGCAGUACUUAAGGGUGACCCCGAGCUAGCCAAGCUAGGUAAAAAGGUGGUAAAUAGUGGCCCUGAUGAUCACAUAUUUGUGUACUUCAUCGACCAUGGAUCACCAGAUUUGAUUGUAUUCCCAAAGGAGUACUUAUAUGGGGAGGAGCUUAACACCGCCCUAAAGGAUAUGCACCAAAACAAGCGGUUUGAGAAACUGGUGUUUUAUUUGGAAACUUGCGAAUCAGGCUCAAUGUUUGACAAGAUGUUGCCCAAAAAUAUUGGCGUAUACGCCAUGGCCUCAUCCAAACCCAAUCAGGACAGUUGGCAAGCAUUUUGCGACUUUGAGAAAUAUAAAGCCUGCCUAGGUGGUCUGUUUAGUUAUUAUUGGUUCAAAAAUAGUGAGACAGCUGAUUUACGGGUGGAAACUAUGCAGGAACAAUUUGAGUUUGUAUUUAAUUCAGCUAAUAAGUCAAACCCUACUGUUAUUAAUGGUACACAACAAGUGCAGCAAUAUGGUGAUUUAUCAAUUGGCAAAUUACCUGUCUCACAAUUCCAAGGUUUCCGUAAAGUAUCCGAUGUAAUGAACAGACCACAUGAUUACCCGUCCAUUGAGGACUGGGAUGUCGUUAAGAUCAGUGAUAUACCCAUAUAUAUGGCGGAGAACUAUAUUAAGUCAACGAAUGAUAUCAAUGAGAAACAAAUAUAUGUCAAAGAAUUGGAGUCUAUAUUAAAGGGUCGCCAAUAUGUGGAUAACUCGAUGACUGAAUACGUGAAUAGUAUUCAACACUUAAUGCCAAACAUCGAAACCAAUGCUAUACUCAAUACGAAACGAGAGCUCAAUAAUAGACUCUGUUAUCGACAACUUGUGGAUACUUUCCAUCAAAACUGCUUUAAUUUGAAUCAAAACCCCUAUGUUGUGACAAAAUUGCAAACAUUUGUGAAUAUUUGCGAACAAAUGCGUGAAUCGAGUGAUGCGGACAUUGCUGUCAACCGUUUGAUACAAUACUGUAAACGUAAUGUUAAACCCAAUAACGCUUUGAAUGUAAUUUAAAAAAUGAAAUAAUAUUUACAUUUGAAACUAGCUCUAUUG